CCUGGUCUGUCCUGUCAGACAUUUUUAAGAAUGUUAGAUCAGCGAACUGUCCGCUUUGGCCGUACUGGGAAGAUCUCAGCUGACAGCUUUAUAAAAAGUUUCUUUGAAUGGGAGGCUGUGCGAUAUGAGGUGGACAGCAUCUGCAAGGAGGAGCCCUUCACCUGUCCUGCGUGCAGCCGGGAUAUGCUUGCUGUUUCUGUGGAUGGAAACCGCAAGCAUUACCGUUUUAAGAAUGCAGCUAGAUCUGAGGAACAGGCCAUCUUUGAUGGGGUCUUCAUAGCCAAGGAUGAAGAUGUCACCAGAUUCAUCAACUACAUACAGAGCACAACCAAACAUAUCUCUGGAAGAGGUAUUUGUGGAGGGGAAUGGUCAGCAGCCAGAGAAACCUCCCAAAGAUCGGCCAGUAAACUGGAUGAGGAGGGACUGGAGCUUGCAGUCUGUCGUCAUGGAGUGCUUCUCUGUGCCCUCAAUAUGUACAGGGGAGAAAUCUUUGCAUAUCCCCUGUACUUACAACAGAAGCUGGCCAGUAGUAGGUUUUUUUGCAUGGAUGUGACCUGCAAAUAUUGGCCCUACCUCCAAAGAAUCACAAAAAGCUGCCCAGAGCUCCAGCAUCUUCUGAACAUGAAGCCCUUUCUCUCAGUGUUCCAUGCCAAAGCCCAUGACUUCAAAUGUGAAGUGAAAUGGAGUGGGGCGUAUCAGGAAGGGGCUGGAUUAACACUAGGGGAGGAGGUGGAACAAUGCCUGGAAGACUGGGUCAGUGAUGUGAAGGAGUGGGCAGAAGCAACAACCAACGAGUCAAGUGAUGCUGCUGCCUUGACCAACAAGAUUGAGGUGCUGGUGGCAAGUAUCAAGAGACGCUCGCAGCGUCUUUACAAAGACACAGACAGCAACAAAGGUCGUGCCAGAAUCCGCCGUAAGAUUAGGGAGGAGAAAGGGAUCCUGACUUCUGUUGUGGAAAAAUAUAACAGAGUGGUUCCGAGCACAGAAACUCUGUGCAUGGAAACCAUUCUGUCUAGAGAGACAGCUUGGCCAUGGCAGCUACCACACAGUGACUUUGUUGACCUCAGGACAAAGAGAAGAGCUUUCGACAUGGUCAUGGCAGUAAGGAGACUUCAGGAGGAGAAGAUGAUUCUCGUCAUGGAGAUGAAGCACCACUGGAGGUCCCUUUCAACUCGUAGUGAUUCCCUGAAAGAGCUGUCCUGCCUGGUUUCUAGGGCAACAAUGCAAAAUUCAUCGUGGGGCCUAAGUGAAGACGGGUUGAAAGGUCUGCAGAGCAUCAUCCGAAAAAAGCAGCACAACAUCAGAGAUAUGAUGGCUAAUGCCAGAUACAGCUACCUGCAAGUUUUGACUGGAGCACAGACCAUCAACUUCUUGCACAGUGUUUCAGAUGAUUAUUCUGACAGUGACUCUGACAUUUCUGAUGACGCACUCUGUUAUUAGAGUUAUUAGAGGCUGCUGAAUUCAGUUCUGUUGCCUGAUCACUCGGCUCUGGUUGUGGUGUCCAUUCCGGCACUGGACAGCUUUACUGUGAUAGCAGGGUAAAUGCGAGCUCUCCCCCCGGUGCUGCUCAGCUGCAGCUAUGAUAUGCAGCAAGUAGAUGUU